AAAUGAAUUUUAGAAAAAAUGGUAACAGGUUUUUGUACUUUGGAACUGAUACUAAGCUACUGGGUCCAUAUUUGCUGCCCUUUUUUCAUCUGUUGAAAAUCCUUAUAAUUUACUAAUAAUUACUGUUAAAAAUAUUUAAUGCCUGGUGGUAAUUUGGUUGUCUUACUGUUCAGCAUUUGUGCACCAUUCAGAGUGAAUAUAUAAUUUUUUUCUUUCUUUUAUUAAGUGUUUUGUGAGAUCUAUUAAUACUUGGGAACACGGAUAAACCUGGUUGCUACAAUACAUCUCUUACAAUUGCCUCUGUGAGUGGUGGGAAGGUAGCAUUGUCAUCAUGUCUCUAUUCAAGAAGUCACAAAAAAGUCCGGCAGAGGUGGUGAAAAGUCUUGUGGCAUCUUUGACAUUGCUAGAUAAACACAAAGGAGAAAAAAAGGCAGAAAAGGCUUCUGAAGAUGUUCUUAAACAAUUGCAAGCUAUGAAGAUGAUCUUACAUGGAACUGAAAAUCAUGAACCAAAUGCUGAGAUUGUUGCUCAGCUCGCGCAAGAAGCUUACAACAAUCAUUUACUAUUUAAAAUGAUUAACUAUCUGCAUCUUAUUGAUUUCGAGGGAAAGAAAGAUACUACACAGAUAUUUAACAAUUUACUUCGCCGCCAGAUUGGCACCAGAACUCCAACAGUCGAAUAUAUAUUAUCCAACACAACAAUUGUUACUUCUCUUAUUGAUGGAUAUGAAUCUCCAGACAUUGCACUUCAAUGUGGUCAGAUGUUGAGAGAAUGCCUUCGUCAUGAACCUCUUGCAAAACUUGUUCUCGAUUCCGAUUUAUUCUAUAAGUUCUUCAAUUACGUUGAAGUUUCGACUUUUGAUAUUGCUUCUGAUGCAUUCUCUACAUUUAAGGACCUUCUUACCAGAUACAAGAUAUUGUGCGUCGAAUUUUUAGAUUCAAAUUACGACAAGUUUUUUGAGAGGUACACCAAGUUACUGAAUUCCGAAAACUAUGUAACAAGGAGACAGUCUUUGAAGCUCCUUGGUGAACUACUACUUGAUCGUCAUAACUUCACAAUUAUGACAAGAUAUAUAAGCAGCCCUGACAACCUCAAACUUAUCAUGAAUUGUUUGAGAGACAGAAGCAAAAAUAUACAGUUCGAAGCUUUUCAUGUGUUCAAGGUUUUUGUUGCAAACCCAAAGAAAUCGCAACCAAUUCUUGAUAUUUUGAUAAAAAACCAACAAAAACUUCUUGAGUUUCUUCCAAAGUUUCACAGUGAUCGGACUGACGAUGACCAGUUUAAUGACGAAAAAGCAUAUCUGAUAAAACAGAUAAAAGAACUGAAACCAGUAGCUGAAUGUUGAGCAACCAAUACCACAGGUAAUAUGCAAGAGUAAUUAUGAUAUGUUACCCUCUUCCAUAUAGAUGUAACUAUUCUUUAUCACUCUGUGUAAAAAAGCAAUUCGUCAUAUUACUGCAUUCAACAAGGGAUAUUGUUUCUAUCCCAGAGAAUACAGGUAAAUGGUGCGAAUAAAAACACUGAAAUAAUACAUGAGUUCGAUAUCAUGGAAUCCAGGUAGAAUGACAGCUGUCAUAAAUUGGAACAAAUCUCUCCUGAUGUACAGUAUAUUACGCAAGUGAAUUGUGUUCUUGAUUUGAUUGGCAAAGAUGCUAACAUAAGACUCAUCUGAUGCAGUAGGAUUCAACUGUUCUUUUGUUGAUAUAUUAUUUCAAUGCAAAAUCGAGUCUUUAUUACAUUUUAUAUUAUUAAAACUUAUUGAAUUUAGCCAGAAAUAGUAGAACUACUUUGUUUUCAUUUCAUUUGAGUGUUUUGGUGUUAUUAUUUUUCUUUUAUAAUCUGGCUUCAAGUAUUUGCUGCUAUAUUCGUAAUAGAUAUCAUACACUUAACUCAUUUACAAUUAUCUGCUUGAAUAGAAUCAGAAAGCCAAUCAAAUAUAUAGCAGGCCCGCAGAACGCAUCUUGUGGUGAAUAAUUUUUGAAGUUUACUCAAUGUAAUUAGUGCUACUUAAUAUGUGGAGAGGAACAGCAUAAUACAUUUCUCAGUAGCUCAACUAACUAUUAUGGUUAAUCACAUGGGCUAACAUUGUUUACUUUAACUGACUCAUGAAAAUUUCUCUGUUUGUUGAUGGUUGUCCCGAUAUUUAGUGUUGCCACUUUUUUGAAAUGACAGUGCUUUAUAUCUAUAUGAUAGACUUUAAAGCCUUAAGGCAUUGUGUCAUCGUCCAUAUGCUGUGAGCUCACCUGUAUAAUGGAAUGUUAAAAUAAUAUGAAUAGAUUUUCAAUUUAAUUAAUGCAAAAUAAGAGUGACUUUACUGCUUGUUGCCAUCAUUUUAGACCAUUUCUCUUUUAAAUUCCUGUGCAUUGUUUAUAUGAAUAACUUUUUUUAAGGUUGUGCUCAGUGCUUGAAAAAUGUGAAAAUGUGAUUCAUGAAAAUAUGCCAGUACCAUGACAAAAAUUAUCUGUAAAAUUGUAAUCUAAUCAAAAAGAUUUAAACUUGGAUCUUUCAAUGUAUAUUGUGUGCUCUCCUCAUGGUUUAUAUUGAUGCAUACAGAAUAUUUGAAGUGACAAAAUUAAAUUUAACAACAAAUAUGAUUUUUCUGUCAAAUUUGUUUAUUUCCCAAGUCUAUUAUCGUAACUAUUACGUUCAGUCUACUAUGUGAUUGGUAAUAAAUUGUUUAUUCAUGCUUUAAUUCUAUGCUUGUUUUGUUUAUUUACAUUUUUUCUUUGUUAUUAAUAAUUAGUCAAAUUAGUGAAUUUCACGUAUUUAUUUUUUCGCCUUUCUGACUGCUAGUAUAAUGAAUAUCACUUUAUGUAAAGAUGAAUUUAUAUUUCCAUCUAUUUGAAAUCUUAGUUUCAUUAAAAUUUUUUGUUCCAUUCUAUGAAUAACCACAGUCACCCUUAACUUCACCAAGAUGGCAGACUUAUUUGUAUUAUCCUUUACUGAAUUGACUUUAUGAUUUAGGACUAGGAGUAUGUAUCAAAUUUUAGAAUGUGGGAAUGCAUGGGAGACGUAUACAAAUUUAAAUUUUCUUAUGUCGUUUGGGAAUAAUAUAGAAUGAAAAAUGGGAAAAUUUUUCCAGGCCAAAGCAUUGCAGUCUGUAUUGCAAUCAUUUCAUCUCACUCAAUUACAAUCAAAAGUUGUAUAGCAUUUUCCAGUCAUAGUGUGUUAUUUUAUUUUUAUGACAUGUUUAUCCAGUAAUGAACUGCCAAGCUUGUAAUGGUUAGUAUCAACUCAUAUACAAGGCAGGGCAUUUUAUAUUUUUGAGUGGUGUGUGAAUUAUUUCCCCUGAUUUGUAAAAUAAGUGCAAAGGUUAUCACAUAUAGUUAUCCCCCCUAUAAUUUUUGCCAUAUUACUGCACAUGAAUAAAUGCACUGUAUGUGAUAUAUUAAGGUGAUACACACAGUUGCUUUUUUUCUUUUCCAAUAAUGAAAACAUUUGUAAGGCUACAUCUAUAUUGAACUAAUGUAUAUUUGCUUUAGGUUUUAUAUUAGAAAUUGGUUUAUUUCAAUACCUUGAGAAAGAUCCAAUUCCAUAUUCAAUUUUAUAACAACUUGUAUAUAUAAAGAAACAAUGUUUCGAUCCAAUUUACUAUUUGUUGUAUGCAAUUUCUGUAACCUAGCUGCGUGACAUCUGAGACAUGCUAGGUUAAGUUUUAUAAAAAAUUUUAGUAUAAUAUCAUAUUUCAAUUUAUUUAUGUCCUAUUAAAAUUGUAGUCUGACUGCUUGAUAUCAAGGCUUGAGUGACUUCGCUGAUCAAAACUUCUCACUGAAAUUUUCAAAUUCUUCUUCAUAGAUACCAUAAUUACAAAACAAUUUUCAUGAUAUAGAAAAAGUGCCUGUGCCAUACUUUGAUAAGCUGUUCGCUUUAGAAUAUUGAUUUUUAUUCAUAACAACCGGUCUAAUAUUAUUUAGUCCAAUAAAUUGUCAUGGAUGUAGUCAAUCAUUUGUUUAUUGAUGAUUUUCUAAAAGAGCCCAAUUCUUCCAGUAGUAAUCUUGAUUCAAUUAAAGCCAUACCUCCCUUCGAAAUCAAGCCUUUAAUGACCUGGACCUGAACGCACUUUCCAGAAAUCCAGAUGAUUGACAACAAGGAUGUUUUUUCGAUACCCCUCAUUUCGCUAGGCAAUUUUUUUUUACUGAUAAAACUUGAGGAGUAUAUCUAUGUUAGAAGUCAUUUGUUUCAUAUAGGUUUUUGAUUCAUCCCGAGGUUGUCUAUAUGAAUGAACAUUUAAAACAUCUUCAUUGAUUUCAGUUUCUGGUGUUGAAGUCGCUAAUGCUUUUGUAGUAUGCUGUUGGCUAAAUGACUGUUUUCACACUUUGUUUGAAUGUUGUUGAUUGUGUAUUUAUGAAUGAAGAAGUAAAAUAUCGCAGAAAGAA